CUAUUCAAGUCUAAGUGGUUCUUGAAGGCUUGCAAGAAAAAAAUGUUUAGGAGAAGUAUUUCCAUCGAGGAAAUAAAGAAGAUAUCGAGUGUCACAAGGAAAUAAAUAUUUAGUAGAAAAGAGGGAAAUGAAAUAUUCCAU